AUGAAUCCCCAGAUGCAGAAUUAUCGACAAUAUGCCCAGGCACAAGGAAGAUCCCCAGCAGCACGUAGGCCAGGCCAGAUCCCCCCUGUCCAACAUGCUGCUCAGCAGGCGCAAGCUCAGAUGAUGCAACAACAAGCCCAACAGCGCAAUGCUGCGAUUGAACACCAAUUGGCACAGCGACGUGUGCGAAAACCUACCGACCGAAACAUGCCGGACGGGCUAGAAGAGAUUGUUAUUGGAGAUGGCGUCGAGCAGUAUAAGAAAUUGCGCGAGGCAGAGAAACAACUAGACCAUCUGAUGGCACGGAAGAAAUUGGAAAUUCAUGACAAUUUCAACAAAAAUGUCAAGAGGCAGAAGACAAUGCGGAUAUGGAUCUCUAAUACGGUGUCAAGCCAACCUUGGCAACUGAAUCCGGAUGAGGAAGGCUUCACAUUCGACUCCAACGGCGAGCCUUCUUAUAGAGUCAAGAUUCAAGGAAGGUUACUGGAGUAUGACGACGAUGACAUCUUAUACAGUGACGACGAAGAUGAAGAGAUGGGAGGUCAAGACCAAACCAAAGAGAAGAAGAUUAGACCGCCUUCCAAGAAAUUCACACAAUUCUUCAAGGGGAUGACGGUCGAGUUCGAAAACCCGAAAGACAGCCUGGGCGAUAACAAUCAGAUGAUCACGUGGAAGAAGGGUCAAAACAGCGCUCAAUCUGGCGAACAUGACAGCAUCGAGUUCGAGCGGAGAUCCGACGAAAACGUCAACAUUACAAUCUGCCUAACACGCGACGAACAGCCCGAAAGAUUUCGCCUUUCCAAGGCUCUGGCUGAAACUCUGGAUAUGGAAGAGGCGGAGCGUGCCGAAGUCGUCAUGGGUAUCUGGGACUAUGUGCGCGCCAUGGGCUUGCAAGAAGAUGAAGAACGCCGGAGUAUUCAAUGCGACGACUCACUCAAACGUAUCUUUGAUACCGACACGUUCUUUUUCCCUCAGGCGGCUGAACGGCUAGUCCCCCACCUACACCCCUUGCCGCCUGUGCGACUACCCUACACCAUCCGCGUGGAUGAGGAAUUUCAUAAGAAUCCCGAACCCACGGUUUACGAUGUGCAGGUCGCGGUUGAAGACCCUCUCCGUCCAUUGAUUUUCAAACUCACCCAAAACCCAGAACACCAAAAUACACUCCGCUCGAUUGCCAAGUUGGACGACGAACUCGCCAUCGUGGUACAAGCGCUACAUCACCACAAGGCACGGCACCAGUUCUUCACGAGCAUGGCAAAGGAUCCGCAGAAAUUCAUCGAGAGGUGGCUCAGCAGUCAGAAGAAGGACCUCAGCGUGCUGCUCGCGGAGCAAGAGCGAGGGGAUGUGGCUGGCAUGGAGUUCUCCAAGGGUGGAGAGGACAGCGUAUGGGGCGGCCAAGUCGUUAGGGAGGCGGUGAGGUAUCGGCUUGCCAGGGCAGAGACCUCAGGGAGGUAA